AUGGCACGACGGUUAAGAUUGCAUUUUGCUACCCAAAGAAGCAACACAGACCCAUUAUCAGAAACCUCUGAAGAUUUUUUGGAUAGGAAGAAUUGUAUGUACUUCAAAAAAUCGCAGAGUUCUGCACCUAGCUUUACACAAGUGAAACUAAUUCCUAGACAAGCUGCUUAUGCACCUGUAGUGCAACAAGUAAUUAAUCCAGAGAAAAGCACAACUAUUUCUUCACUGCAGAUAAAAAAGAGCAGUUCACUGCACAUUUCCUUGCAGUCUAGGAAGCAGAGUGGAUGUUCGAGGUUUGGUGAUGCCGUGGCUGCUGGUGAAGACACUUCAUUCAUUGGUGUUGGUAGCGAAGGGAGCUGCGGUGCUGGAGCCGUGUCUGACCAUCGAUGUAAUGACAGCCUUCUGAGCAGUGCUGCUCUGGGCAGAGGCAGCCUCAGCAGCAUUGCAGCAAGUGACAGUGGCUCGUUCAGCAGUGCUGGCAGUGACUACGGAUCAUGUGCAAGUACCACAAGUGAUGGAGGUUCAUAUGCUAACAGUGUCAUCAGUGACAGUGGCAGUGGCACUCUUUGGACAAGUGACAGUACUUUCUGUGGUAGUGUUGCACAUGGUGACUCUUCAUAUAGAAGCACUGGAAACAAAUGUAAUCCCUCCAGGAGCAACUCAUCUCAGGAAACACUGUACAGAAGUAAUACUACUUUUGACCAAGAUGCUUUGUCAGUGAGGAAGAAAACUAAAAUUCCAUUGCGACGUUGUUCAUCACUGGUUAUUUUUCCUAGGAGUCCUUCCAGUACUCCUCCAGCUUCUCCAGUAAGCUCAGGUCAGCUACCACACAGAGGCACCUAUCAAACAUCUCAUAAAUUAAUAAUUUCUCCUAGUGAGCUGGCACAAAAAGAAGAUCAGACCAUUUCCAAGGGAUUCCUUUCAACAGCAGUCAAUGGACUUAGGCUAUCUAAAACAGUUUGCUCUUCUGGCGAGGUCAGAGACAUCCGCCCACUUUAUUUGAAUGCAUCAUUACAGGACAAAAGUCAAAUUUUGAGUGGUCCUCAGCAGGCAACUUGUGAAGAAGUACCCGAUGGCUUCCCAUGUGUUUCAGUUCAUCUUAAACAAAGAGCAUUUGCAUCAAGCAGUGAAAUGGUUAAUGGCUCUUGCAGUCCAGAGUUAAAUCUGAACUCUGGUACAAAAUACCCUCAUUUAAGACUAGAGCGUAGCACAUCUGCUUGUCUGCCCUCAAAAACAGAUUCAGAAUAUCAGAUUAAUAUAAAUGAACUAGGAGGACCCAAUGCACAGAUGAGCAAAACUCCCCAUAUUUUGCAAAGAAGUGUUUCAUUGGAAGGAUCACGUCAAAAAGUUUCUUGCUGCUUAUCCAGCCUUAAAUACAAGUGUCAUAGUGCAAGGACGUCUCAGUUGCACAUACAGUUCAAAGCUGGGAAUGAAGGAAAACCAACUGGUGUUAGGAAAAGAUAUGGAACCUCUAAAAGGGAAAUGUCUAGCACUUUGUGGAGGCCCCAGAAGACUCGAGAUGAUUUUCUUGGACAAGUGGAUAUUCCUCUUUAUCAGUUACCGACAGAAAAUCCAAGUAUGGAGAGGCCAUAUACAUUUAAGGAUUUUGUUCUUCAUCCAAGAAGCCAUAAAUCAAGAGUCAAAGGCCACCUUAGAUUAAAAAUGACUUACUUACCUAAAAACAAUGGGUCUGAAGAAGAAACCACAGAACAGGCUGAAGAAUUAGAGCCUGGAUGGAUUAUAUUGGACCAACCAGAGGCUGCUAGCCAGCCACAGCAGCAGCAGCAGGAAUCUCCUCCACUGCCUUCAGGCUGGGAAGAGAGACAAGACAUCCUCGGCAGGACCUACUAUGUCAAUCAUGAAUUCAGAAGAACACAGUGGAAAAGACCAACUGUACAGGACAGCGUGGCUGUUGCAGACCUUGGCAGCGUGCAGCUGGAGGCGCAGCACGUGUUCACUCACCGGCGACAGAUAUCCGAGGAUACCGAGAGCACCGACAACAGGGAUUCCCCUGAGAGCUGGGAAAUUAUAACUGAAGAUGAGGCAACAAUGUACAGCAAUCAGAAUGUUCAAAUGCCUCUCUCGCAGAGUAGCUGUGAUAUACAGAGUCAUCUUGCAGAAGAAUUGAGUAACAGACUUACUACCUCUGGAAGUCCAGCUACUGGCCAGUCAGCAGCCUACACUAACCAUUCCAGCAGAAGAGGUAGUCUGCAGACAUACAGACUUGAAGAGCAGCCUGCACAUCCAGUGUUACUGCCUACUUCAUCUGGAUUACCCCCAGGCUGGGAAGAACGACAAGAUGAAAAAGGAAGGUCAUAUUAUAUAGAUCACAAUUCUAGAACCACUACCUGGAUAAAACCAGUUGUACAGAUUGCUGCGGAAACAAGUCAGGCAUCAGCUGCACCAAAUGUUUCUGUAGCAAGACAGCCACAAGCAACAGCAAGUGAUUCAUCACAACAGUCUUCUCAGCAGCAGCCUGAAAUGGAGCAAGGAUUUCUCCCUAAAGGCUGGGAAGUCCGACAUGCACCCAAUGGGAGACCUUUCUUUAUUGACCACAAUACCAAAACUACAACAUGGGAAGAUCCAAGACUGAAAAUUUCUGCUCAUCCAAGGAGAAAGACUUCCCUAGAUCCAGUUGACCUGGGCCCAUUACCACCAGGGUGGGAAGAGAGAACUCACACAGAUGGAAGAAUAUUCUUCAUAAACCACAAUACGAAGAGAACCCAAUGGGAGGAUCCUCGACUGCAGAAUGUGGCAAUAACUGGACCAGCUGUGCCUUACUCCAGGGACUAUAAGAGGAAGUAUGAAUUCUUCAGAAAGAAAUUGAAGAAACAGAGUGAUAUUCCAAAUAGGUUUGAAAUGAAAAUUCAUCGCACAACAAUCCUUGAAGAUUCUUACAGAAGAAUCAUAGCUGUAAAGAGAGCAGAUUUCCUUAAAGCAAGACUUUGGAUUGAAUUUGAUGGUGAAAAAGGUUUAGACUAUGGAGGAGUUGCCAGGGAAUGGUUCUUCCUUCUCUCUAAAGAAAUGUUUAAUCCUUAUUAUGGAUUGUUUGAAUAUUCAGCUACAGAUAACUAUACUCUGCAGAUCAAUCCGAACUCUGGCCUUUGCAAUGAAGAUCAUCUCUCUUAUUUCAAGUUUAUAGGUCGUGUGGCUGGAAUGGCUGUUUACCAUGGCAAACUUUUGGAUGCCUUUUUUAUUCGUCCUUUUUACAAGAUGAUGCUCCAAAAACCAAUAACACUACAUGAUAUGGAGUCUGUGGAUAGUGAAUAUUACAAUUCUUUGAGAUGGAUCCUUGAAAAUGAUCCAACAGAACUGGACCUCAGAUUCAUAGUUGAUGAAGAACUUUUUGGUCAGACCCAUCAACAUGAACUGAAAAGUGGUGGAUCAGAAAUAGUUGUCACCAACAAGAACAAGAGAGACUACAUUCAUCUUGUAAUUCAGUGGAGAUUUGUGAGCCGAGUACAGAAACAAAUGACAGCCUUUAAAGAGGGCUUUUUUGAACUAAUACCACAGGAUUUGAUUAAAAUUUUUGAUGAAAAUGAGCUAGAGUUAUUAAUGUGUGGAUUGGGAGAUGUGGACGUGGCUGAUUGGAAACUACACACAAAGUACAAAAAUGGCUACAACAUAAACCAUCAAGUAAUACAGUGGUUCUGGAAGGCAGUCUUAAUGAUGGACUCUGAAAAGAGAAUAAGAUUACUUCAGUUUGUUACUGGCACAUCACGUGUUCCCAUGAAUGGGUUUGCUGAGCUCUAUGGUUCAAAUGGACCACAGUUGUUCACAGUUGAACAGUGGGGUACCCCUGAAAAACUGCCAAGAGCUCAUACCUGCUUUAAUCGCUUGGAUUUGCCUCCGUAUGACUCGUUUGAAGAUUUAUGGGAUAAACUUCUUCUAGCUAUUGAAAACACUCAGGGUUUUGAUGGGGUUGAUUAAGAUACAGACAUAAAUUAUGUUGGUCCAGUGCUGCAAUUUCAUUUUAAAGGUUUACAAACAAAUCUGAAUUUUCCAGGGACUACCAUUGUAUUUAGACACAUGGCUAUUGACUCUUCAUAGGGUGUAAAAUAACUAAGUAUUAAAAAUCACUAACUUUUGAAAAUGUA